AUGUCAUACGUGAAGAAACCAAUAGGUCAUUUAAAAGACAGGAAGGAAAGAAAAAGCCAAGGUGGAUAUCAGAAGUCUGAACACACCAAACAAUCCCUGAAGAAGCCAAAGUUACCUGAAGGUCGUUUUGAUGCACCUGAGGAUUCUCAUUUAGAGAAAGAGCCCUUAGAAAAAUUUCCAGAUGGUGUUAAUCCUGUUACCAAAGAAAAGGGUGGACCCAGAGGCCCAGAACCUACCCGAUAUGGCGAUUGGGAAAGAAAAGGACGCUGUAUUGACUUUUAA